AUGGCCCAACUGGCUGAUAGGAUUCGACAUUUAGAAUGCUUGAAGGAAGAAAAGGCUAGAGCAAAUAAGAAUAAAAGGGUAGCCUAUGUCGAUUUCAGCAAUGAUGAUGAAUGGUCCUGUAACGGAACUUCGGACUUCGACGAAAAUGAAAUCGACCUUGCUGAAUUGAAGCAAGGGUCACCUUACGCAUGUAAGUUUUUGUCCCCGUCGAAUGGAAAAAACCCAAUUGAACCAGAAAAGAAUGAUAAAUUUCCUAAGAAAACUUAUACUUUCGACGUUACAAAGUGUGACGAAAUUUUCGAUUUGUUAGUUAAGGAUGCUCAUAUGAUAGUACCCUCGGGUGCUAAAGUACCUCCUUUGGAACAAAGAAAUAAAAGAGGGUUUUGCAAAUACCAUGGUUUUCUGGGUCAUAAAACAUCUCAAUGUUUUCUUUUGAGGGAUUUUGUGCAGAAUGCCAUCCAAGAAGGGAGACUCAAAUUUGGAGACAAAACUCGGAGCCAGAUGAAGAUCGACUCCGAUCCUCUGCAAGUGGCUAACGCCCACUAUACGGAGCCAGAGGAAGUGAACCUACUCGAAGUCACUGAUGAUUUCGAUAUGACUGAAGUCACGGAAGACUUUAUCCAUGAACCUGUUAUGCCUAAGGUUUAUGAAUACCUUGAUUAG